GUCGUACUUGGAGGAUACCCCAGGAUCGUAUAUAUGGUUUGUACAAGCAAGUGUUCUUAGUGUUUAUCAUGUCAGCUCCUGUUAAGAUGGGAUUUCACUUCGUGCAUAUUUCGUCUGUCCGCCCUGGUUCCGAGCGUUUGUCACUGUUUUCUCUUCUUCUUUUUCUCGAGUUCUGUUGCCAGAGAUGAAAUGAAGCUGCGCGUGGCGUACGUAUGGUUUUGCUCGCGUUCACUUCAUUUCUGUGGUGAAGUGAGGUCAACGUCAUGUCGAUGCCGUGCCUUCCUCUUUCACCGCAGCAUGUCCAGGCGCCGCCUCACGCGGUUCGUUUGCCGGCGACUCACCUCUUUCAAUCGCUGUCCACGUCUCUCACACACAUCCAAAACCUUGUCAGCAUACCGGAUUGCGUUGCUCUUCGAUCGCCCGCCGCGUUCGCCACAGCAAACUACCUCGCAUGCUACGUUGGCCAUGGCCAUGGGAGGCACUAACACGUCGUCAAAACGACCAGCGGUUUGGAUUGGCGGCCGUCGUCGACUGAGCCGCCGUUCGGGACUACCCCGUUCAAAUACCGCGCCUAUGCUCGGCCCAAAGGCAGCGACAGCGAGUUUGGUGAGCAGCGUAGCAACUGAUCUUGGAUCGAGCCCACGCGCGUCGGAAGAGUCCAAUAUGAGGUUCUUUUCACCGGGAAAGGCGAACGUGAAGGACUCUAGCAACAACCAGAGAAUUAUUCACAGGGCUGCGGCUUCGCCUGCGAGUUCACCGGCUGGCAUAUCCAGAAAUUCACCUGCGCUUGCGAGCCCCCGCCAUCAAGCCCCCCGUACGCCAGGUAGUCCUCCUCAGUACAACCCUUUCAGGGACUCACCUACAACCAUGCCUGUGGUCAGCUCGCCUCUUCCUCCUACAACGCCCAGCAAGGCAGCCCAGUUUCUUGGGAUCGAAGUCGAUGUGUUCUCUCAAGGGCAAGGAAGUAUACGGAGAGAUCCCUUCCUGCAAGAUGGCAUAUUUGACAGCCGUCCGGAUGUGUCGAGCAGACUGCCAAAGUUCAGAGAAGAGGAUAUGGAGUGCGAUGCUCCAAAGGCGAAGAGGAGAUGGGGAGGUAGCACCAGCAAAGCUAUGCGCGUACUGGGCAAUCUGCCUUCGUUUGGCUCGGGCAUCCCGAAGCGUACGCCACACCACAACUUUGCAGCAGCCGGACCGCUUUCUCCAGAUGAAGAUCUACAUCUUGGAUAUGCCAGUGAUAGCGAUCUUCACAUGCGCUCUCGCCAGGUUCCGCCGCCUUCACGCCCGGUUUCAGUGUCGCCGCGACGCCGCAGGCGCAAGAGAGGUCCCAAGUCGCUAGACAGGAUGUCGCCGAUCACAGAGGCUUCGUUCGACGAGCUCCGAACAAUCUAUAACCAUGAAGAAGAUGACGAAACGGAACUUGAGGCUAUAUCCGAGUAUGAGAGCGACUAUCCUCCUCGGAGUGCUUCCAUGAUGCCCCGGUCACACACUGAGUUAUUUCUCGACUUGUCCGAUACAUACGAACUUGAGGAAUACGACCUUUCUCCAACGGACGAUGUUAUCGAAGAGGAACCGGAGGAAGAGGAGGGAUAUAACAUGCAUCCUGGUACAAAGGUAGACCUUAGCUAUAUGGAGUGGCAGGAACCUGCAAACUUGCAAGUGCGGAGUCCCUUACAAGCAGUUGAAGAUCGCCUACUGAACGCCACUGAGGAUAUACGACGCAAAGCAAGUCAGGCUGCGCUGUGUAAGCUUGAUGCAGCUAAGUUGCGGCUGAACACAGAAAACUCUGUGCUGAAAGAACAGCAUAAGAAGAUGAAGAGGGGGUUUUCGUCGAUGAAACUUCGGGUUAUGGCUCAAGAACAAUCCGAUGUUGACUUUGCAGAAGAAGCUGACAACGAAGACGAUAUGAUGUCCAUAGGUAGCAGCAUCGACCUUGACGAAGAGCCCACUGUGCAGGUGGCGCAGGUAUCGACCUCCACUAGAAUCACUCCGGGUGUUGUCAAGCGUGUGGACAUACCGGCUCGUAAAAGCAAUGUGCUUCUCGUCGAUGCUGAGACCUCUGGAGCGGUCAAGGAUGUUGCUUUCGUCGAAGUCAACGGCAAGGAGAGCGGGCGUGAGGAUCUCAAACCCGAUAUCAACGACAAUUAUCCAGCACACUACGACCGCACUGCACGGGAAAAGAAGGCAAAGAUGCCACGCGACGAAUCGCAAGUGCUGGUCCACAAAUGGAUCGACGCCCAAAACCCCGACGAGCAACGCCCUCUCUCCGAGCGCAUCGACCACGACGUCCUCGCCGACCAGCAGAUCCCUCCCGCGCCCUUCCCGAAAGAAAACUGCCCGUUUCCCUCGCCACCCAAGAAGCGCCUUCUAAUCCCCUUACCCCCGUCGAAGAAGCUUCCAAAGCACACCUGUCUCAACAAUGGCCACAUCUUCCACCCCAUCGAUCUGGAGCACGUCCCGGACCGAGUGGUCAUCAACAGUCUGGAAGUUAGACCGUACUUGCAGACCAACUACGGAGUUAGGCAGCAUGUUCACGUCCCCGUGUUCUGUAAUAGGUGCGGAGAGGAUGUCGAGGAGGAGAUGUGGGAGUGCGAGAUUGCGGUUUGCAGGAUGACGGUGUGUAAGGCGUGUGCGGAGGAUAUGGAGGAAGAGUGGCAGGAGAGAGCUAUUGGGUCGUGGGCGCACUAGAUGGUGUUAAUAUCGUGUUCGUGGGCGGGCGACGUGCGGGAUGGAGGUGGAGAGAAGGUUCGUGAUGGGCUGGGGUAAUGGUGGAUGAUGUAUGAUGUAUGACACGACGAUAUGCGUUUAUUUUCGAGCGCAUGCGCUCAUAUGUAUUCUGAGGUUUUGAGAUGAGAUUGGCGACUUGGUGUAUAGCAGAUACUCAUAUUCACUACUGGGAAAGCCUGUCCAUCAAUAUGAAUAUGAGAGUAAAAAGAAUGCCAUCUACCUCU